AUGCCAAAAUACUCGUUGGGAUGCGGGCCGUUAAACGGCAAACAACCAAGGCCUGUUGGGACAAAAUGCCCCAAAACCAACAAAAGAAAAAUCCGCAACACCAAGAGUCGAACUCACCGGACAUCAGGUGGCCUUAAGGCGUCGAGAAUCUUGGACGCGUGA